UUCCUAUAGGGACUGAAAACCAAGUGAGGAGAUGGUGAGUGAAGGAGCAGCUCUUAUACAAAUUGUAUCCCAUAAUAUCCACACCAAUCUUCAGGCAGUCUGACAAUCCUGUGGGCAAUCAGGGGUGGAAAUGCCCCUACGCUUUGUGAGAAGAUCCAGCUGAGAGAGCUGUUUACUCGGUGCUUUGUGCUGAACUGUUUGACUGGAGCUGUGUGUUGGAUAUUGAGUGUGUUUAUUGGAAGCAUUUCCCUUCUGAUUUCCAGGCUGAGUUUUGUUGAUGGCUCAUUCCUGAAUAUGAGAAGAAAGAUUUGCACUGCACUACACCAGAGAAUACAGAGAGGAUACACAACGCAGGUAGAUCCUGACCAUCACCCAAGGAACAACCGCGCGACUGUGGGAAGGCAUCCGGUCCGUUCACAGCAUUGCUGAACACAGAGAAGGUUGGGCAGUGAAACCAUCACCUGGAAAUCGGUUGGGUCAGGGGAACUUUGACAUACCAUCAGAUCUGAAACUGAUCAGUGGUGUGGAGCCUUCCAUCAGAACCAACCUUUCUGAAGGUUCGGCUGUGGGUGAUCGGUCAGGGUGAGGCUGGGAAGAAGUGUGAGUGGCUCCAAGUGUGGUGAGAGCUUCCAUCAUUCAUCAAGCCUCAUGACCCACUGACUCAUUCCUCCAGGUUGGGGGCUGUUCCAGUGUGAGGUGUGUGAGGAGGGCUCCACAGGCUGAUACACAGCUUUCAUUUGAUGUACAAACUGUUAGCAGAAGAACAGCGGCAUGGAAGAGAAACAAUUCCAGUGUGGGCUAUGUGACCAAACAUUCACACAGUUAGCGACUCUUGUGCAACACCGAGGCAUCCACACUGAGAAGAAACCUUUCAAGUGUGAAAUUUGCCACAAAGCAUUCUCGUGUUCAUCUCACUUUCGCAUACACCAGCGUAUUCAUACGGGGGAGAAACCGUUUGUUUGCAAGGUUUGUGAGAAAUCAUUCUCACAGUCAUCACACCUCCGUGCACACCAGCGCAUUCACACAGGGGAGAAACCAUUUACGUGUGAGGUGUGUGACAAAUCUUUCUCACAUUUAACAAACCUCCGUGCACAUAAGCGCAUUCACACCAGAGAGAAUCUGUUUAGAUGUGAGAUUUGUGACAAAUCCUUCACUCAGUUAUCAAACCUUCUGGUCCAUCAGACCAUCCACACAGGGGAGAAGCACUUUAAGUGUGAAGUUUGUGGGAAAGCUUUCGCGACUUCGACGAAGCUCCUGAGACACCAGAGCAUUCACACAGGAGAGAAACCUUUCCGCUGUGACAUUUGUGAGAUGGCUUUCACUCAAUCUUCUGAUCUGCUGACGCACCAGAGAGUUCACACUGGGGAGAGACCUUUCAUGUGUGGGCUGUGUCACAAAUCGUUCACGCAGUCAUCGACACUUGUACAACACCGACGUACUCACACUGGGGAGAAGCCUUUCAAGUGUGAGAAAUGUGACAAAUCAUUCUCACGCUCAUCUCACUUGCGUGCACAUCAACGCGUUCAUACAGGGGAGAAACCUUUCACAUGUAAAACGUGUAACAAAUCAUUUUCAAGGUCCUCCACCCUCCACGAGCACCAACGCCUUCACACAGGGGAGAAACCAUUCAUUUGCGGGGUUUGUAAUAAGGGCUUUGCACAGUUGUCAGGCUUGUUAAAUCACCGACACAUUCACACAGUGGAGCGGCCAUUUAAACGUGAGCUGUGUGACCAAGCCUUCACACCAUCCUCGACGCUCAUGACACAGUGAUACUUCCACACUGGGGAAAAGCCUUUCAAGUGUGAGUUGUGUGACAGGAUUUGAUACCCUUCCUGAUACACCAGACAAUUCACACAGAAGAGAAGUUUAAGUGUGAGAUAUGAGACUUUCCCUCAUACUGUCAGCAACAUUUAUGAAACACUGUCGUAUUCCCAGAGAGGUGAAUUCAUUUAAAGAUGUUUUGCACAAGUAUCAAGCAUUGUGUACAACCAAGCCAUUUACACAUGGGGGAAACUACUCAAGCGUACGAUCUGUGAGAAAGCAUUUCCAACCUUAUCGAAUAUUCCUGGUCCAUUAGAGGAUUCACACACCAUGAUGCUACAAGUGUGAAAUUUAUGAAUAAAAUUCUGUAGAAAUCUUCAAGCCUCCAGAGGCACCAUUGAACUCAUCAGGAGCAAGGAAGCUUUCACGCAAUUGAACAGAGUCAACAGUUUUGUGAAAGCGAAAUCAUGUUUAACAAAUUUUCUCGAGUUCUUUGAGGGUAUAACAAGUACAGUUGGUAAAGGGGAACAGGUAGAUGUGGUGUAUUUGGAUUGCCAAAGGCAUUCGAUAAGGUGCCACAUACAAGGUUAUUGCACAAGAUAGGAGCUCUCGG